CAAAAUAUCAAACCAAGAUGCACAUCUCCCUUCUACUCUCUUAUUUGACUACUAGGCAUCUGAUGCGUGUAUGUGAGGAGUGAAAUAAAAAAAUUAUGAAGAAACUCUUCUUCUUCUUCUUCUUCUUGUGGUGUUUCAUAGGUUUUGGUUCAGCCCUCCAUAGCCAUAUUUCAGUGGGGGAAAAUGGGCAUAUCUUAGGGGAGCAGCCUUUGUCUAAGAUCGCCAUUCACAAGGCUGUCUUGGCUCUCCGAGAUUCAGCCUCCAUUCAAGCCAAACCCGAUCUUCUUGGCCUCAAGGGAGAAGAUACAGAAUGGGUGGCUGUGAAUCUUCAGAAUUCACAACCCUCCAACGAUGACUGGGUUGCAGUAUUUUCUCCUGCCAAAUUCAAUGAGUCUAUUUGUUAUCCGGAAGAUGCUAUGGAAGAAAAGGGUUACCGGACCCCAUUCAUUUGUACCGCUCCCAUAAAGUACAAGUUUGCAAAUUAUUCCAAUGAUAAUUACAUUGAGACAGGAAAAACUACACUCAAAUUUCAACUAAUCAAUCAACGGGCGGAUUUCUCCUUCGCACUCUUUUCUGGUGGUUUAGAGAAUCCCAAAUUGAUAUCAGUAUCAAAUUUCUUGUCAUUUGUGAAUCCCAAAGCUCCUCUUUGGCCACGCCUUGCUCUUGGAAAGUCCUGGGACCAAAUGACAGUAACAUGGACAAGUGGUUAUAACAUAGAUGAAGCUUAUCCGUUGGUCCAAUGGGGUUGGAAGGGGCAAGCUCAAAAACGUACACCUGCGGGAACUACAACGUACCACAGGACCAGCAUGUGCGGUCCACCUGCACGAACAGUUGGUUGGCGUGAUCCUGGUUUCAUCCACACUAGCUUUUUGAAGGAAUUGUGGCCAAAUGUUAUCUACACUUACAAGGUUGGUCAUUUACUAUUGAAUGGAACAUACGUUUGGGGCAAGAAAUAUUCAUUUCGAGCACCGCCAUCUCCAGGACAAGAAUCACUGCAACGCAUUAUAAUAUUUGGAGAUAUGGGAAAGCAAGAGCGUGAUGGUUCAAAUGAAUACGCGGAUUAUCAGCCAGGGUCGCUCUUGACAACUGAUCAACUCGUGGAUGACCUUGAUAAUUUCGACAUUGUCUUCCUCAUUGGAGAUUUACCUUAUGCGAAUGGCUAUGUCUCCCAAUGGGACCAGUUCACUGCACAGGUUGCACCCAUAACCGCCACUGUGCCAUUCAUGAUCGCAAGUGGCAACCAUGAACGGACCUUUACCAAUUCAGGAGGAAUCUACAACGGCCAAGACUCUGGCGGAGAGUGUGGAGUGCCGGCUGAAACCACGUACUAUGUUCCUGCGGAGAAUAGAGCCAAAUUUUGGUAUCAAACGGAGUAUGGGCUGUUCCACUUCUGCAUAGCGGACACGGAACACGACUGGAGAAUUGGGUCAGAGCAGUACAAAUUCAUUGAGAAGUGCCUGGCCUCGGCCAACCGCCACAAGACUCCAUGGCUCAUCUUCGCUGCCCACCGCGUGCUUGGCUACUCCUCUAACGACUGGUACGCCAAAGAAGGGUCGUUCGAGGAGCCCAUGGGGAGGGAGCAUUUGCAGGGGUUGUGGCAAAAGUACAAAGUUGACAUGGCUUUCUACGGCCACGUCCACAACUAUGAGCGCACCUGCCCCAUCUACCAGAACCAGUGCGUCAACGACGAAACCUCCAACUACUCCGGCACCGUCAACGGGACCAUCCACGUCGUGGUCGGGGGCGGAGGGAGCCAUCUCUCACAAUUCACCUCCAUCAACACCACUUGGAGCCUGUACAAGGAUUAUGAUUGGGGAUUCGUCAAGCUCACCGCGUUUAAUCAAUCGUCUCUGCUCUUCGAAUACAAGAAGAGUAGAGAUGGCAAAGUGUAUGAUUCUUUCACCAUCUCAAGGGAUUAUAGAGAUGUAUUGGCCUGCGUCCAUGAUGGGUGUGAGCCAACCACUCUCGCAAACUAGAUCGAUACAAGAUAUGAACAAAAUUGGCUGGUGAUCAGGUGCAAACAUUGUUGCCUCUUGCUUAGGGUUAAAAUAAUGUUUAAGGUGAAAAUAACAAAUUGGGUUUUGACAAAAUAGGCUUGUUACGAGAAUCAAGCUCCCAGUGCUCUAAAUUAGAUCGGGUCAUGUGUACUUCAUUUGACAAUUUAUAAAUACCAUUGUUAUAUCAUGAACUAGGUGCAUUUUGCAUUGUGAA